GGAAAUGACUCUGUUCUAUCCCAAAAAUAGGACAAAUAAAAAAGUUUCACUGCUUCUUUUCUUCUCAAAACAGAAGCAUCCAGAAUGGGAGUUUUGUUUUCUUAUCACUUUUCACAGACAUUUUAACUCCAGUGGUGCUUAGUGUUUGCGGAGUUUGCAGAGUUCCAGUGUUUCUGCUGGAGUUUGCAGAGACAAAUGGAUGAAGAACAGUAUCCAUCUGGUUGGGAAGACAAUUACUCCUUUGAAUACUUUCUUAAUGAAAGCAACGUCUGCGAAAUGGGAAACUAUUUUACAUUUUACACCCAUUUAACUACUGUUCUCUAUACUCUGGCAUUUUUGCUCAGCCUGCUGGGAAACACUCUGGUGUUGUGGAUCCUGUUCAAAUACGAAAACCUUACAUCUUUAACAAACAUCUUCAUCAUGAAUCUUUGCGUCUCUGACUUAGUCUUCUCCUGCAUGCUGCCAUUCUGGGCAGUGGACCAGACCUUCGGGUGGAUUUUUGGUGAGUUCCUUUGCAAGGCAGUGAAUGCCAUUUUCUCCGUUGGCUACUACAGUGGUGUUUUCUUUCUAACUCUCAUGACUAUUUUACGGUACUUGUACGUCGUGAACCCUCUUUCUACUCUGAGAUCUCAGACACAGUACUGUGGUUCUCUGGUGUGCUUGUUUGUUUGGACUUGCAGCAUUUUAAUUGUGGUUCCUGAGAUGAUUCACACCACAGUGGUAGAAACCUUGGAAGAGGUCAGUGCCUGUGAUUAUGAUGACUGGAAAUGGAAAAAAGUGGACAUUUAUCAACGAAACAUACUCUUCCUGAUUUCCUUUGGGAUUAUCGUAUUCUGUUACAUCAACAUACUGAUAAUUCUGCUUGGAACAAGAUCUCGCAGAAAGCAGAGAACUGUGAAGCUCAUCCUUGUUAUUGUGGUGGCUUUCUUCCUGAGCUGGGCACCUUACAACAUCCUCAGUUUUCUGACUACUUUUCCACCGCCUUCCUGUCAGUAUGAAAAAGACAUCGUCCUUGCCUUUCACAUCAGCCGUAAAAUUGCUUUCUCCCAUUGCUGCCUCAAUCCCGUGCUCUAUGCAUUUGCUGGAGUCAAGUUCAAGAGGCACUUGUUUCGUUUAUGCAGACAGUAUUUACCCUGUGGCGAUGAAGUCUCCAGCCCCCGGAUUGGCUCUCAAGGCAAAUUCCACUAUGAAGAUGCAUCCAUCUACUGAAGGGAGACCACACUAUUGGCACUAUUAGUCUAGGAUGAACUUUCAGAUUUUAAAGGUCAGGCAUGAGCUCCAAUUCUUAAAGUCCCUUCCUUGGGAAAGUGGCAAAUUUUGUCUUUGCAAACAUAUUGUAUGUGGGAAAUGAUUAAAAUUAUAUUUGCAGGAGGCUGGAGAAGCCAAUAAGUGACCUCAGUGGUUUGUAAGUCUUAUCUUUAUGCUUUUUGGCACAGUGAUACAAAAGAACGUUUGCUUUUUCCUUUUGGAGUUAAAACUUCAGGUCCUAAUGUGAACAUUGGUGUGCUUUUCUUUCUUGAUUUUAAUUGUUUAUAGCAUGGACACUUUAGCAUUUCUGUAGCUUUUAAUGCCUCACAGCAUUUGUCAGUGCUGAACUCACUGAUUUUCUCUGCACGAAAAUGUUCAUCGACCUGUUGGCAGGCAAAUAUAUAUGAAGCCAAGAGAACAUAAAAAGCUUUGUUUUUUGACCUGCUUCACACCUGUCUAUAUACUGUAUAUGCCUUUAUCUCUGAUGUAUGUGAACAUCUUAUAAAUGCUUAUGAAAAGUCAAUAAUUGUAACAGAAGCACAAACUAUUUAAACAGUCCUGCCCUGCUCACAUUUUAACAAGGUAUUCAAAUCUGCUUGUAGCUUAAGCAUAUAUCUGAGCAUGUAAAGGUGAUGUGAAAUAUUAUCCAAUCCUACUGUUGUCUAUCAUAACCAGAAGUAACUCAUGUAGAGAUUUCUUCUACUGGUACUAAUAAAGUGAUACUAAUAAAGGUUCAGAAAUUCAAAUGAA